AUGGAAGGAGCAAGAUCCCUCAUAGACCUUGAGGAUCACGGGGGUCCGUCCGAGAAUCCGCUUCCGCCUCUACAGGGGUCGCAUGAGGCUGUUCUGCUCGGCAGUGCACAUCUACCGAUGGUCGACAUUGAGGACUUUUGUUGGGUUAACGAGGAUUACUGUGUUAGAGUAUACAUUCCUUUUCCAGGAAUCGAUGCCUUACCCCCUCCGUACAUAACGUCUUCUUUCACCAAGAGCUCCUUCUGCUUGUUGAUAAGGGGCCUUCGCGAUGGUGUAUGCUACCGACUUGCUCUAGACAGUCUUUAUGGGGAGAUUCAGCCGAACCUGUGCUGUCACAAUGUGCACAAAGAUAAGCUUGAGAUUACUUUAUCGAAAGUCACGUCAGGCCCCUCCGAUGGACCUGACACAGACGUCUCAUGCAAGACUGAUGCCCCAUUUGGUUGGUUCCUCUAG